AUGGUACAAAUAAUACCUUUGCUGGUAGAUACUGGUUUUCCAUUAUUAGAAGAUCCAUCUCUUCCAGAUGGUUGGACUAGGAAGGUAGUGCAAAGAAGAACAGGAAAAUCUGCUGGAAAAUAUGAUGUGUAUAUUUUUAGUCCAAAAAAGAUUUCUUCAGAACAUUGUCUUGUGGGGACAAAAGACAUCAACAAUUUAAUCCUAACAGAUGAAGCAGUUUCUUCAUUCUUUAAGUUUACAUGUGGUAAUGCACUAGGAGAACAAGUAGAUACUGGUUUUCCAUUAUUAGAAGAUCCAUCUCUUCCAGAUGGUUGGACUAGGAAGGUAGUGCAAAGAAGAACAGGAAAAUCUGCUGGAAAAUAUGAUGUGUAUAUUUUUAGCCCUGAUGGAAAAAAAUUUCGUUCCAAAAUUGAAUUGGCUCUCUAUCUAACAAGUACUAAAUCAAAUUUAAAGGCAGAAGAAUUUGAUUUUAGUGUUCGUGGGAAAAAAAGUAAUCAGUUAUCUUCAAGAUCUGAAUCAGAUGAAGCAAAGUCUGGUAAACGUAAAGCAUCUUUGUCACCCCCACCAUCAUCUCCAUCUGCAAAAAAGAAAAAAGAUAGUCCUAGUGGAGAUUCUAAAUCCAAAGGGACCACAGGAAGAAAAAAAUUAUUAGUAAAAUUGCCAUUUCCAUCACCAAAAAAGCGUAUUCUUUCUGAUUAUGCCCAUCAGAGUCAGUCAGAACCAGAAGGAACAGAAGUGGAAAAAUCACCUGCAGGAAAAUCUCCAAAAUCCCAAGAUCGUAAUCAAUCUAAGAACUCUAAAUCUUCCAAGAAGACUAAAAAAGCAGCAAAGAAAAGUAAAAAAAGUGGUUCUCGUGAGAAAAGUAAACACAAGAAAAAAGUGAAAGGAGGUAAAUAAUCAAAGCUGUCUUUUAAAUAAUGUUUUCAGU